CUUAUGAAAAAGAGAGGCUAGAACGUAUAGAACAGAAUAGGGCCUUACUAGCAAAACUUGGCCUUAUUAAUUUUAGCCUUUCACCUCCUAAACCUAAAAGACCACCUAGACGCCAACUUGACACAGAAGAAUCUCAACAGGAAGAACAUGUUCGAACACCUUCGCGUAAGAGUCCGAGAAUACAACAAAUGAAACCCAGGUAUAAUUUACGCGUCAAAAGUUAUCAACCCAUUUAUGCUCCAUCCACUUUACGACGUGUCGUUCGUGCUAAGGUUUCAAAAACCUCAAAGACCAAAUAUAAAGUGUUAGGAAGAAAUAAUCAAGGACGUAGAUUUUAUGGCGGUAGAAUCUAUGAUUCAGAAAUAGGAACAACCUGUCAUCAAUGUAGACAAAAAACCAUUGAGGAAAAAGUACAAUGCACGAAUGUAUUAGAAAACGGAAUGCUCUGUAAAGUGAUGAUGGACGAACGAUGUUUAAUUGGAAGAUAUGGCGAAACGUUGGAAGAAGCACGAAGUUCUGGAGAAUGGAAUUGUCCGAAAUGCCGAGGAGUCUGUAAUUGCUCAUUUUGUAGAAGAAAAAAAGGGCUCCCUGCAACAGGGAUUUUGAAACACCUCGCUUUGGCAAAAGGAUACAAUUCAGUUAUGGA